ACCCGGGUCUCUCUUUUGGUCCCAUCCCGUUCAUGACCACCGUCUUGUCAAACCAUCCACUUGCCCAUCGCAUUACCAACUGGAAGUAUAACUACUGGUACUCUGCCCGACCCCCUCAGCUGGGCCAGCUCAGAGCAGCACUCCACUGUCCUCCACCAUCACCCACGCUUGUCUACCAGGAGGUGCAGAUCACAAGGCCCCGCAUUCCCACUUUGCCAUCCCCAGCCUUCGUUGCCAUACGAUGACCCAGGCUUCUGAGUCUCACAACGGUUUACCCACUGAGAUACCGAGCUGCGCCCUCCUUCAACUCCUCGCGAACUCGUUGGUGUUGUCCCAGACAGCACCUUACCUUUCCUGCUACGAUGUCUUGAACCUUGCCGCCACGGCGCGGCCCUUCCGUUUCUUGGUCUAUCACACCCCCAACGUCUUCCGACGUUUGGAACUCGGAAAUGUCAAGACGGCGCAAUUCGAUAUUGACGCCAUUGACCGCGGUGGAGAGACAUGGCGCAACGUGCAGCUGGACGAGAACCUGACUGAAGACGAUUUCUACUCGGGUCCCCUGCGCGGCAUCUUCUCCAACCUCCGCCGAAUGGACAUCCUCAGGGAUGUUCAAGUCCUCUCGCUCGACGGCCUCUCUGUCACUGCCGAACUUGUCCACGACAUCCUAGUCGACCCUGCCUACUCCGUCCGCAUCCUGUCGAUCCGCGGCGUCAAAAACCUCAACGAGCGGAAACUUCGCGGCGCAUUGCAGUAUGCCUGCCGCUCCUCUAGGCCCCGGGGGACGCCGCGCUUGAAGGGGCUAUACGUCUUUGGGCCGCGAGAUACGGUGCCGGCGUUGGCUGCAGCCCAUGAAGGGAGCGGGAGCUCGUCUCCGACCAGUCCGGCAACAGUGGCUACCGCUUGGAACAACCGGAGCCAAAAGGCCUUGUCAGACGCCCUCGCUGAGGAGCCCGAGGCGUGGUACGUCCGCCGUGGCAGCCAAUUCCCGCACCGCAUCAGUUCCGAGUGGGCAUCCACACUUGUCGCAUGCUCCGGGAUCGUCUCGUUUGAUUCCGUCUUGUGCACCGGGCCGCGGCAUUUCAACUCCCCGGCAUGGGGGACCGUCAACACUGAGGCCCUUGAUGCUGCCGCCUCUUCAACAGCCCCGAGCGUACCGCACUUCAGCGUGGCAACCCAUAGCCUGGGCGGAUGUGCCUCCUGUGGCGCGGCUCCAGAGGGUUGGACAGUAUGGGGCGAAGAGGUGGUCGCGUCCCGGAGGGAAUCUGACGGAAGGAGAACGAGCGAGAGCUGCAUGACCGAUUUGGCCAGAUUCCCCCUCCUUGCGCCCCCACCCAUGCACUCGGCCAGCCUCCGCGUUGCCAUGUGCCCCGCCGGCCAAACUGUGAGGUCACGCCUCCCCUUCAUCCCGACAGUGAAGCAACAGAAGGCGCGGUUUAUCCCGCGCUGCUUCGAUUGUAUUCGAGAUCGUUACUGCGGAGGAUGCCACCGGUGGUGGUGUGAGUCGUGCUAUAUCGGACCGCGGGCCUCGUCUCCGGGAGGAUAUGCAGCAUCGUCCACUGGGCCCGACUCUGUAAGCAGCCCCUUUCCAAACACCAGUGCCGCGAGCGACGACAACGCAGGCUUAGUUAGCAAGAUUCGAGACGGGGUUUGCGCGGAUGGGAAGUGCUCGCUCGGACAACGCUGAGCUGUCCGCUCCCCUGCGAGCAAGGGGAGAUGACUUUGGACAAGGGCCAAUUCCCCUAUCCAUGCUGGGAUGCGGGUCUGAUACACCAGGCCGAGCGAGCCGUGAUGUCUGCUCGUCUCCAUCCGGCCGAAGUUGUGCAAAAGGUCCAUGUCCCUUGGGUUUGCGCUUCUGCUGCCCGCGCAUUCUGCAAAUGCUAUCAUGGAUGACGGUUGCCGCCUCUUUGCGACCAUGUUGCUGACGACCUUUUUGGCCCAGUCUCACCUGAUGAAGAGCUGCUGGGAAUGUGGGCUGAAUUGCAGGGAAUGCAUCG